AUGGUCGCGCUCACCUCAAUCCUGUGGUUGGCAGCCAUAUUUCUCCUGAGCUUCGUCAAGGAUUCGAACUCUGCACGUCGCUUCGACCGCCGCAGUGACCUCGAUUAUGUCCCUCCCAUCAACGCCUCAGCUGCUGCAGGCUGGUCAGUGCCUCUGCAGGGCAGCAAAACCUGCGAUCCUAACAAAGCUUGCACGGAUUCACUAUCACCCCCGGCUCCUGACAAACCUCUUCAAUACCUUGCAAUCGCACGCGGCCUCUACAUGUAUCUGUGCGCAGGUAAUGGAUCAAGCGAGCCCGCCAAGUUUCAAUCACAGUCCACGCAGCUUUACGAUGCAGCUCCACUCAUCCAAAACCUCCCGAAUGAGGCGGCAUUUCAUGCUCUACCUGCCAAACUGCAUGACUUCGACUAUGAGCAGCUGAGGAACUCCACUCUGGAAUGUAUGGGAACCAUCGGAACUGUCAACGAUACAGCCAUAAUCACUCUUUUCGAUAUUGCAACAUUCGAAGCCCUUCCAUACGAAUCCGUGCUUGCACCAGAUAACCCUGGUAGCAACAGCAGAUGGGCACACUCGGUGAGCCCGAAGGGCGACUGGGACAUCUACCGAGUUGAGGUUGCGGGAGGCACUCCGCCUGUUUGUGACAGCCAACGACUCAUGGCAGAAGAAGAAUACACGGCAGAGUACUGGUUCUUUUACUCUGGGGGAGAAGACAUAUGGACGCCAAACGAUAUCAUGAAAGAAGCCUUGGUUGAUUCGAUCGAUCUGCCAGCAUUCAUAUGA